AUGGAUAUGCAGGAGGAGGAGGACGAAAAUAUCAUUCAAAGGACUGAUGAAAGAUACAUGCCUGAGGAAGAGGAACUUCAUAUAAAGCUAGAGUAUAUUGACAAAUGGUGUCGAGAUUUAAAAAUACUUUAUCUUCAGAAUAAUCUAAUUCCAAAAAUUGAAAAUGUGGGCAAACUAAAGAAGCUGGAAUAUUUAAAUGUAGCUUUGAACAACAUUGAAAGAAUUGAAAAUCUGGAAGGCUGUGAAGAACUGAAGAAACUUGACUUAACAGCAAAUUUCAUUGGUGAACUCUCCAGUAUUGAAGCCCUAAAAUGUAAUAUACAUCUGAAGGAACUGUUUCUAGUGGGUAACCCAUGUACUGAAUUUGAAGGUUAUAGACAAUAUGUGGUAGCAACUCUUCCUCAAUUAAAAUGUUUGGAUAGUAAAGAAAUAGAACGUUCAGACAGGAUUCAAGCACUUCAAAAUUAUGCAGAAGUGAAACAAAAAAUCAGAGAACAGGAACAAGUUUACCUUCUCAAGCGGGCCAGAGAAAAAGAAGAAGCUCAAAGAAAAAUGCAAGAAAGAAAGGACAAGAAAGAAAACCAAAUGAAAUCUAAGCUUGGAUUUGACAGCCCAGACUCCCUACAGAACAAAGAAAACCAUCAUGCAGAAGGGGAUAGAGAACAAGAAAUGUGGAGAACAGUUGAAGAUGAUGAUGAAGACAGACGAUUUUGGGAGGAGCCUACACCGUAUACUCCAGAGUCUAGAUUAGAAACUCACAGAUAUAUUGAAGAAAAACGGAGAGCUAAAGACAAUAUAAGGGAAUCAAAAAAGAAAGAGAAGCCUCUUCGGACAUUGGUCACUGCAGAAGGAAAAGUUCUGAAUGUGAAUGUACCUAAGCUUCAUUUCUCUUUGAAAGAUGAUGAAGAAAACAACCAGAUCAUCUUGGAUCUUGCUGUUUACAGACAUUUGGACACAUCUCUGCUUGAUGUUGAUGUCCAGCCAACUUACAUACGAGUACUGGUGAAGGGAAAGGCAUUUCAGCUUGUGCUCCCUGAGGAAGUAAAGCCAGACAGCAGCUCUGCUAAAAGAUCCCAAACAACUGGUCAUUUAGUUGUCAGCAUGCCAAAGGCUAAAGAAAUAAUCCUGGCUAAGCAAAACAUAUCAACUUCAAUUAAACAUUCUGACUGCAACACACUGCAAAAAAAUGCAAGAAGCAUACAAGUUGAGAAAUUAGAAGUGGAUCCCACUAAAUAUUCAUUCCCUGAUGUGACAAAGAUAAUUCAAGGAAAGGAACGAAUUGGUCAGGGACCUAUUAGACUGAAACCAGAGAAGACUACAGAGACUAAGAAGUGUUAUGUUGAUUUUGAAAAUAAUGAUGAUGUUCCUCCCUUAAUUUGA